AUGUCCACUUUAUCUUAUAAACAAAGAGCUGAGGUGCACCCUAGUCCAGUGGCAUCUAAGCUUCUAAAAUUGAUGCACGAAAAAGAGACGAACUUGUGUGCUUCGCUGGAUGUUGGAUCUACUAAAGAACUUUUAGAUUUGGUAGAGGUACUUGGGCCUCAUAUUUGUCUUCUCAAGACACAUGUGGACAUUUUGCCUGACUUCUCCAUGGAAGGUACUGUGAAGCCAUUGAAGGAACUAGCUCAGAAGUACAACUUCCUGAUUUUCGAGGACAGGAAAUUUGCUGAUAUUGGCAACACGGUGAAGCUGCAAUACUCCUCUGGUGUGCAUAGAAUUGCGGAAUGGGCCGAUAUUACCAACGCUCAUGGAGUUACUGGACCUGGUAUCGUUCAAGGUUUGAAGCAAGCUGCAAAAGAAACCACCGAAGAACCCAGAGGACUUUUAAUGUUGGCGGAACUAUCGUCGAAAGGAUCCUUGGCACACGGGGAAUACACCAAGGGAACAGUCGAUAUUGCGAAGACUGAUAAGGAGUUCGUGAUUGGGUUCAUCGCACAACAUGAUAUGGGCGGUAGAAACGAAGGAUUCGACUGGUUGAUUAUGACACCUGGUGUAGGUUUAGAUGACAAGGGUGACAGCCUAGGCCAACAAUACAGAACUGUUAAGGAUGUUGUCAGUACUGGUUCUGACAUCAUUAUUGUUGGAAGAGGUCUUUUUGCAAAGGGCAGAGACCCCAACGUAGAAGGCGCGCGUUAUAGAAAGGCCGGUUGGGAAGCCUACUUGAACAGAAUCUCUCAGUAG